AUGGCAGACAAGAUCUCCAGCACUAUAGGUGUUGAGGCCGAUGCUUAUCCGAAUGGAGAAAAGAGGGACACCAAGGAGCCUACCGACUCUGCUCCUCCUUACAAACCCGCAUCUACCUUUUUUGAUGCCAGUCACUCCACCUACACGGAUAGUAGCAUCACCUUUGAGAACUAUAUCCACUGGGCCAAGCGGUCACGCGAGAUUGAGAAGCAUAUUUUGACCGAAAAUGAGGGAUUCGAGGGCAUGUUCAGGAAGCUUCUUAAGAAAAAGUCGGAUGCUCCAGUGCCAAUCCAGACAGACACCCAGGAACAGAAUUCUACUGUGACUGAUCCCAGCGCCAAGCCUAGCACAACCGAUGAUUGGGGUGUUACAGAGUCAGAAUGGGAACAGGCACAAAGGGCCGCACGAACUGCAACCUGGGGUUCGAUCUUCUAUCUCAUUUCCACAGACAUUCUUGGACCGAUCAAUGUCCCCUGGGCGAUCAGUCAGAUGGGCUUUGGACCAGGGGCUCUACUUUACACUGUUUUUGGCGCCAUGGCUUGUUACUCUGGCUUGCAAUUAUGGAAAAUCUUCGUCGGUCUUGACUCCACUCGAUUCCCGAUGCGCAAUUAUGGCGAUUUGGCUUUCCGCGUCUACGGAAACUGGGCACGCAUUGGCGUGAACGUCCUACAAAGCUUCCAGUUCUUCCUCAAUGUGACCCUGCUCAUUGUAAGCAAUGGACAAGGAUUGGCACAGAUGGCUGUUGGUUCCAAUGGUAAAGGGUUCCUUUGUUUCAUCGCUGCUCAGGUUAUUUUCAUGGUCAUCGGCUUUAUACUCGGACAGAUUCGGACCCUACAACGCCUUUCUUACCUGGCUAACAUAGCGGUCUGGCUGAAUAUUAUCGUCGUUAUCAUGACCAUGGCUGUGGUUCAUGAGUAUCCUCCUAACUACAAAGCUUCGCUGACUAGUUACGGUACCCCAAAGGGACCCGUGAAGACAACCGGGUACUGGCCUGAGGGUUCGACUCUUGACAACAAAGUCAAUGCUAUGAUGAAUGCCGUGUUCGCGUACGGCGGCGCAACCCUCUUCAAUGAGCUCAUGGCUGAGAUGAGACGGCCAUAUGACUUCUGGAAGGGCUUUAUCAUUGCUGAGAUCUUCAUCUACGUUUGCUACCUUGUCUCGGGCAUGGUUGUGUACAGUGCGCAGGGCCAGUUUACAUUCAAUCCUUCCUACCAAGGUAUUCCAAAUUCUGCCUACAAUUUCCAGACUCUAGGCAACGCCAUCUCAUUUAUCACCGGUGUCAUCGCUGCACUGCUGUAUGGCAACAUCGGCAUUAAAGUCUUCUACUCUGCCGUGCUACGCGAUCUCUUCCGUUUCCCAGAAUUGAACAGUCGAACUGGCAAGUGGUUGUGGGUUGGGCUCGUGCCUGUCUACUGGACUCUCGCCUGGAUUAUUGCCGCCGCAAUUCCACAAAUCAGCAAUCUAACAUCAUUUGUGGGAGCCGCCUGCAUCCUGCGGUUUUCUUACACAUUCCCACCACUGUUGCUGGUUGGGUUCAAUGUCCAGAAUGAUGCGAUACUCCCCGAAGAGGAGUUCAAUUCCACAACUGGCCAAGUACAGCGCGUGGACAAUGGAAUCAAGCGGUUGAUUAGAGGUUACAAGAAGAAGUUUAUUCGGAACACUUUCGAUGUAAUCUACUCGCUUUCUGCAUUGUCCGCUGCUGGCCUGGGAAUUUGGGCUUCGGUCACUGCCAUGAACAAGGAUUUCAAGUCGGGUAAACUCACCCCUUUCACUUGUGCGAACCCGGCUGGAUAG